AUAUCGAAACUGCAACGAAGUUUUCUGCUGUGUUGUGGUAGUUGUAGGUUGUCAGAGACGUUGUGUCGUGCAAUAUAUCUAUCUCCUGCCUAUUUUAUCCGCCUUUUCGAACUUGAAUCAAUAUUGAAACAAAAUGCAGUUUUGUCAACCAUUAUAUUCUGUGUUAAAUAUCCUAAUUUUAGUUUGCUUAACAUUUGCUCAAAGAGAUGUAGAACCUAACCAAGAUGUUUACACCAUUGAAGGCCGUGUUUUCCCACCCGAUGGUCCAAUUAGUAAUUCUUGGUACUCUCAGACAAGAAUAUUGGCUAACGGUGGGGAAUUUAUCGGUAUUUUAAGGAAAGAUAAUAGCUUUGUUAUAAACAAUGUACCCACCGGCUCUUAUGUCAUCGAAGUUGUAAACCCCACAUUUGCUUAUGAGCCUGUGCGUGUCGAAAUUAACUCUAAGGGUAAGCUGAGGGCUCGCAAAGUGAACUACAUUCAAACAUCAACUGUAGAUCCUGUUGCUUACCCUCUGGCACUGACUCCACUGGCCCGCCACCGGUACUUCCAAGUUCGAGAGCAGUGGAGAGCAACCGAUUUCUUGUACAGUCCAAUGGUUUUGAUGAUGGUGUUGCCAUUGGUCAUCAUCAUGAUUCUCCCUAAAGUAAUGAAUGAUCCAGAAACCAGAAAAGAAAUGGAGCAUCUCAACAGCUUAACGCGCUAUGAUAUGCCUGAAAUGUCAGAGAUGCUAACAUCUUUCUUCACUGGAGGUGAAAAGCAAAAAGUGAAAGCUCCCCGAAAGAAGAAAAUACAAUGAUGAGAGAUUACAUAGGGGCUUAAAGGUUAUUUCAUUAUCUUAAAGGUGACUUGUCUCCAAUACAUAUGCACAUAAUUGUUUUUUCGUACUAUUUAUGUGAAGUAUUUUGCUCUGUUUUGUUUGAAAUUUUGAUGGGUCAUAUUCUAAUCAAUUGAAUGAUAAAUGUUUGCCCUACACAACUCGGAUUUGUUUACUUGAUUGUUUAAGCUACAUUUUUUUAAAAUCAUUGUACAAUUUCCUGGUGUGUUCACAGAAUUCCAGAUUUUGACUGUUUUACACUACCCCUAAUAAAUUUCUUUAUAUUGAGGCUUAAAAAAAAGAAAGCUAAGAAAUCUAGGAAUCGGUCUUAGUCAAGUGUGGUGUCUACUGACCAACUUUUGUAACUGCUUUGCUUGAAAACAAGACUGUGAUUAUCGUACAGCAUGAUAAACUCUAAGUGAGAUAGUUUGUGGUGUUCAAGAAGUUAGUGUACCAUUUUACUACCUAGUUCUCAAAAUCAAUUAUAUUUAUUUGAUGAAUAUUAUUCUCUGUACUAAACUGAUAGCUGCCCACUUUUAAAGCUGUUGGAAUUAAAUAAUUCCUGUCUGUCUUUAUGGAAAAGUGUCAUACAAAAUUUGAAACACAUUUGCAUGACUUCUAGGACAAAAUGUUUACAUUUACGUGUUAGUUUUUUUUCUCCAUCUUUUCUGUAGGCUUGAGUAAAGCUAAUAACAGUAUAUAACCAAAAUUUCUUAUUUCAAAAAGUAUUUUUGAGUAUUAGUAUUAAUCUUGUUUACGGAGCUUUCACUAAGGAUCAUGUGGUUUGUUAUGAUAAAUAUUUUGAAGCUAGUCUUAAAGUUUUCAAUCUUGUACAGGUCUAUAAAUUUUCCAUCUUUAUAUCCCUGUUUGAUUCCUGUUUUGUAAGAAUCAAAUGGUUGGUUGUUAUUUAUAAAUCUCAGAAUCAACUUGAA